UGGAAAGUGCCAUGGAAUCUUUAAUGGACAUCGUCGGUCAGAACCUCCGUUUGACAUCCUCACACAAAAAGCAGCACCUCCAGAAAAGAUGCCCUGAUCACCAAGGACUUGUUUUAAUGGAUAUGUCCCAGAAGGAUCCCUGCCAGAAACAAGCCUGUGAAAUACAGAAAUGCUUGCAAGAUCACAUUGGGAAUGGAAACUGGAAGUGCUCCAAGAAAAAUAAUUCCCAUCAUUCUCCAGCAUUACAUCUCAGUACUUGUCCUUCUGAGAAGAUCCCGAUAGCUCCUAACUCCUUCCAGAGAGCUGAUUGUUAAACAUUUACCAGCCUAUCCCUAAGGAGUUCUUUGGAGUUCAAAAGAUUAAAGAAUGGAGAAUGGGCUUUGUUUCAGGGACCAUCAACAUAAAAUAUCAAAGUUCCUGAGGUUGCUGGCCACAAAUGAACUGGAGAGGAAGACCACAAGCCAAAUAUUAAAGUCCUUGCAGAAAUUGGAAAAGUCACUGGAAAGUCUCGACGAGGAUAAAGAAAGGAAUGUUAAGAGAUGGACUGCAGUUCUACAACUCGCUUUAUACCUGUUGGUAGUUUGAUAUAACACUAAAUCUGUGAACCGAUUUAGGUGAUAUCAUUUGAAUUCUAUCGGACAGUUCCAAACAUGAACAAUGAAUGUCUCUACAAUUGUCCCCCCUGACCCCCCACUGCUCGUGCCUUCCCUCUGAGAUGACCUCCAAUUUACCUUGUAUCUAUCUUGUAUGUUGUCUUCCCCAUUAGAAUGUGAGCUUCUUGAGGGCAGGGGCCCUGUUUUUGUCUUUCUUUGGAACCCCAGUGCUUAGUACAGUGCCUCAUCCAUAGUAAGUGCUUAAUAAAUGUUUGUUGAUUCACUGUU